CAGGGACCCUUUGUCGGCGAAAAGACCCCGAGCGAUGCCAUCACCCAGGAAUACGCAAAGGCCGACCCUGUUUAUGUCGAGAAGACUAUUGCUCUACCUCAGACAUACUCUCACUACCGCCAGAUCAAGGGCGAUGGAAAUUGCGGAUGGCGCGCAAUUGCCUUUGCCUACUACGAAAAGCUCAUCGACCUCGGAGACCAAGCCCAGAUCGAGGGUGAGGUGGCUCGUCUCAUGAGCCUCGGCCAUAUGAUCUCCAACAUCGGUCGCUACGAAUAUCACGAAGACUUUGCCGAAGAGGCACACAACCUACUGCGGGAUAUUGCCGCCAACAUAGCAAACCCCGGCCUGGCUCGAGUCAUCCUGCUCCAACGCUUCAACGACAGCACCAUCGAGGCCAACAUCAUCUACUACUUCCGUAUACUCUCGGCCACCUCCCUCAAGGCGAAUGCAGCCAUCUACGACGACUUUGCUGCUGAUUUCGGUGGCAUUGCAAACUACUGCUCGCAAGCCAUCGACAUUGUCAACCGCGAGAUCGAGCACCUUGGCAUCAUUGGCCUGGCCAAUCUGCUGCUCAAGCCAAUCGACUUCGUCCUUGAAAUCGCAUACCUCGACCGCAGCCCGGGGAGCCAGGUUAACCGCUAUCGAUUCCCCGAAGAGGCCAACCAGCAGGACACGACCAGUCUCGGGCCCACGAUAUAUUUGCUUUACCGCCCCGACCACUACGACAUUCUGUAUCGAGCACCGCCUAUCCAGGCUCCAGCUCCGCCGGUCAUACCUGUUUCCGUUCCUGCACCCUCUGGCUCUGUCGAUUUGCAAAUCAACCGGGUGUCCAACUUCACCAACAGCAUCAACAUCAACCACGGCGGCAACCCAACAGGAUUCGGAACGGGUAGCAUGAACGUCCUUGCCAUGUUGCCGGGCUUCAGUAUGAACUCGUUGGGCGGACUGGGUGUGGGUGAACUGGGUGAGCUGAGUGGCCUGUCUCCUUUGACGUCACCGCCGUCAGCGGCCAGCCCUGUUGGUGACCCUUUUGUAUCCAGUAUCAGCAGCCUUGUCCCCGCGAAUAAUCCUCCGGUACCGCCGGUGGCUUCUCCGUCGGGAUAUCACAUACGGUUUAGCCCCGUCCAGCUGGAGUAUGAAGAGAGUAAUCGCAGUGGUAUCCGGGAGCCUGCAUUUCAAACGACACAGAGCACCACGUUUAAGAAUAGUGUAUGGAACAGAGCACACUAUGGUAAUCCUGAUUUUCACCCCGAAGAGUACGUUCCAGAUGAAGACCAUUGGGAAAGGCGUCAUGGUCGUGCGAAGACGAAGAGCAGCUCGUGA